AUGCCUGCAGUAGUCAACGGUAUAGCUACCAACUCCAAUGCCAACGGAAAGGCCAUUAAAUCCAAAAACCAGCUUCGGCGAGCAAAGGCAAAAGAAAAGAAAGUCCUUGCCGCCCAGACAACACCUGAACUUAAUGGGAACUUUGACACGAUGAAGCAAGAGGAGGAUGGGCCUUGGGGCAAUGUUGAGUACGUGAUUGAGCAGCUGGAUGUCAAAGAUCCGGCUCUUGUGGUCUUCUCCGACAUUUUUGCACGUUUCCAGGCUCCUCAGGACUAUGCAGAGGCAAAGGAUUCGGAACCCACAAAAGGGGAGGUUAUUUACUCAGACGAUGAUAUGGAAUCAGAUGCUGGCUCAGACGCAGAAGAGAAGAAACCUCUUUCGAAAAAGAAACAACGCAAGAUGGCGCGCUUGACGAUUGCAGAGCUCAAGCAACUGGUGGCGAAACCCGAAGCAGUCGAAUGGACGGAUCCUUCAGCCGCUGACCCAAGAUUAUUGCUCCAUCUCAAGAGUUACCGCAAUACUGCUCCUGUUCCUGCGCACUGGAGUGCAAAACGAGAUUACCUGCAAGGGAAACGUGGUAUCGAAAAGCCACCAUUCCAGCUCCCUUCGUAUAUAGCAGAUACGGGUAUCGCGACAAUGAGAGAUGCAGUCAAAGAGAAGGAGGCUAACAUGUCGUUAAAGGCCAAAACUCGUGAGCGGGUGCAGCCAAAGAUGGGCAAGGUCGACAUCGACUAUCAAAAGCUGCACGAUGCCUUCUUCAAGUUUGCAACGAAGCCUGUGGUUACUGGGUUUGGCGAGAUGUACUAUGAAGGGAAAGAGUUUGAAACGUCGCUAAAAGAGAAACGACCAGGAGAUUUGUCACCAGAGCUUGUUGAAGCAUUAUCGAUCCCGCCACUCGCACCUCCUCCUUGGUUAAUUAGCAUGCAAAGGUUUGGUCCUCCUCCGAGCUACCCGACUUUACGGAUCCCUGGUCUCAAUUCACCCAUACCCGAGGGGGCUCAAUGGGGUUUCCAUCCUGGUGGCUGGGGUAAGCCACCAUUGGACGAGUAUAAUCGCCCUCUAUAUGGUGAUGUGUUUGGUGUGUUGCCGAAAGUCACUGAUACGAACAUUGGUGAGCCAGUUGACAAGAAUACAUGGGGAGAACUAGAGCCAGAGGAAGGCAAAGAACCUGCAGAGGAAGAGGAGGAAGAUGAAGACGAAUCGGAAGAGGAGGACGAGGAAGAAACUACUGAAGGAGCACCAGUCGACGGCCUUCAGACACCUUCCGGAAUGGAAACACCGUCCGGCAUGGCCAGCGUUGUCUCUACCGUCGCCGGGGGACUUGAAACACCCGACUUCUUGGAGCUGCGGAAAACAUCAACUAGACAUCCAUCAGACGCCUCGGAGAGUGGACCACGGUCGUUGUAUCAGGUGGUACCGGAGAAACAAACUUCCGUGCGUGGGCUCAUGGGUAGUGAGCGUGGGUAUGACGUCAGCCAAGUCACCAAUCCGCAAAACCUUCCUGUGCUUGGGGAAGAGCGGGGAACGAAGCGUAAGGCGAAUGGUGUCGACAUUUCUAUUGAUGCAGGCGAGUUGGAAGGCAUAUCGGAAGAUGAGCUACGGCGAAAGUACGAGCAACAUUCACGAGGUUCUGCAGGCGUGACGGGAUCGAAAGAAGACUUCUCAGACAUGGUGGCGAAGGAGAUGGCGAAGAAGAAGCAAAAGAUGGAUCGCGAGCGAGAUUCAAAGAAGGGCAAGGAAUUCAAAUUUUAG